GAAGACAAAGCCUACAAUGUAUUAUAAUUAAUCGCCUUGGUAGAGUGCAUCGAGGCACUGGCGGUCUGCAGCCACUAGUGGUCAACCAUCCCUCACAAUAUGGUCAAUCUGGCUACCGUCUGAGGACUGACCGGUGGUUUCGGUAGAACCGGAGGAGCCCUCCUCGAGAUGAGGGGGUACCUCCAUGUGUUUCAGUCCAGCGUACCUCUGACAGAUAGGACGUCAUGCAGGUCUCAAUGGGAUUGUACCAUCGACAGCUUCAGCCUGUAGAUUGGGGUCUCGGAGAUAACGUUAGCCCUUAAAGAAAAGUUGAUAACGGCAUCCUCGUCUGACCAUUGCAUGCUGCAUGUAUCAUUUCUUCAUCAUCACACAACUUCAUCCAGUCCGAUCGCUGUUUUCAACUCUGUUGCAUGGUUCUGUAGAAUUACCUAAAACUUCUCUUCAUCUAUCGCUUUGUGUGCUGUGAGUCUGUCACCAUGAAGCGAGACAGGGCUAACUCCACCCUAUCACUGUCCUCAAAGAAACAGUCCAGGGACGGGACGAACCGUGACCAAGAGUUAGAGCGGUUACGGGCUGAUCUGGAGGCUGAGCAGAGCCGUAGACAGCGGGCCCUGUGGCGUUUCUCCGGGGAGCUCCGGCACCUUCGGGAGGAGGCCGAGUCUGAGCUUCAAAGGGCCUGCAAGGAGUUGACCUCCAGGCUGGCUUGUCAGAAAGCUACCCUCAGUCCUCCUAACUCCAAGCCCCCUGCCCGACUCAUCCAGAACGCCCCCAUCCAACGGGAUAACGUCGGAGGUCAUGGAAAAGAUGAGCCAAGCAGGAAGGCCGGGUCCUGUCGAGGCACUGGUAAAACCGAUCACAAGCUGCAGCAGCUCCUGCUGAGGUUUUACCAGGAGGUCCACGCGGAGGAGGAAGUCUACGACCCGCGCGACAGGGAGGAGUUCGAGCUGGAUAGGGCCUCCUUCCUCUGCCGUCUGCUAGAGAGCCAGGGCAGACCAUCCAAGGGGAGGCAGAGCCACAGAUCUGAAGCGUCUUUAAGAGCUCCGAGUCAGGGGCUCAGAGGCGACCUCCGCCACCACUGUCCUCCUAAGCCUCCUCAGAACUCGCCCAGGUCCCCCACACACAGUCCCAAGAGCGCUUCCCCACCAGCACCCCAGAAGAAGCCCAGGCCGGGGCGGCCGGACGUGCCUUCAGGGUGGGACGCCUUUACGGCCCACCAUGUGUCCACUGUGGUGUUAGGGGACACCUGUUGUAGCGGAGCCCCGGACCCCGGCCCCCCAGACUGCUCUCCUCAUGCGGGUGGUAACCCCCAGCCUUCAAACCACUCCACUGGAUCAGAGGAGGAGUCACCUCCAUACAAAUGGUCAGAGAGAGCCAUGGACCAGAUAGUGAUGUAUGACCUGUGCACUCGACCUGAGCAGCCUAAGCCUGCCACUGAAGACACCCAGAUGGAUGGCCCUGAGGAGGCCGAAGCCCCCGAACCACAGCAGCAGAAGACUGAGGAACAGGAGCCUGCCCUGGACCGGACACCCCUGGCCACCACCAAACUGGCUCCCACGUCACUGCUAGGGAAACGCCACCACUCUCUCUAUGCAAACCUGAAUGGUUUUGAGCAGGAGGGGAUACGCAAGAACGGAACGGACUAUGGGUUCCUGGUGCGUCAGAACUCGGAGCUCCUGCGUGCACUGGAGGAGCUGGAGAAGACGUGCACGGCCCUGAAGGAUGAGAACGGCCUUCUGCGGAAGAGCAGCGCCCCGGAGACGGAGGAGAAGGUCAGGCGUCUGAGGAGGAAGAACACGGAGCUGGCCGUGCUCGCCAAGCGGCUGGAGGAGCGGGCGCGCAAGCUGCAAGAGGCCAACCUCCGAGUGGUGAACUCCCCGUCCCUCCUGCGGCCCGGCACUGGGGAGCACUACAAGAGGGCCUUCGCCCGGCAGCGCGCCCGUGACCUGGCGCACCACGCCGACACGCUACUGUCCAAGGACAAGGAGUUCGCCUCGCUGCAGAACGAGUGCCGGGCUCUGGAGGCCCAGCUGGGUGGCACCAAGGGCACCCACCCCGUGUCGUCCGGCGGGUCUGAGUUUGAGCGCCUCCUGCGGGAGUCCCAGAAGGAGGUGCUGCGGCUGCAGAGACAGCUGGCCGUCACCUCCUGCUCCAGGGGGGGGCGGGACCCCAGCACUGCCGGACCCCCUAGACCCCCUGACCCGGACGGCCCCAGAGGACCCCCGGACCCCGCCGGUCCCAACGGCCUCGAGGGUCACGCCCGUCCAAAUGGCGUUGACGGUCUCCAUGGGGAUCUUGAUGACCCAGGGAGGGCGGGCGAAACCCCCCCCAGGAAGCAGGAAGAGCAGGCUGCCAGUGAGACCCCUGGUGUGGUGGUAGAUGAGGCUCCAGCCAGACGCGAGGAGGCUCCCAGAGAGGAGGAGGAGGAGUCGGGGUCGCCAGUGACGCCCCCCAGGGGCCCGAACCCGCCCCCCGCCCAGCAGGACCACCCGUCAGAGGAGCACCGUCUGCACUGUCUGGAACGAGAGCUGUGCACCAAGAGAAAAGAAUGUGAAAACCUCGAGCAUGAAGUAAAGAAGCGACAGAAGAGAUGUCUGGAUUUGGAGAGCCAGCUCGAGGAUGAGCGAGGCAGACAUGGCUCACUAAAGGAGGAGUCCAAUCUCCUAAGGAGGAAGGCACAGCUGCUAGACCAGACUCGGGCUGAGAAUGAGGACUUGAGGGAAGACCUCUCGGAAGUGACCGCUCAACGCAAUUCCGUUCUCGAGGAGAACCAGAGACUCCGUGCCAAACUGGAGAACCUAGAGCAGGUCCUAAAGCAUAUGCGAGAGGUCGCCGAGCGAAGACAGCAGCUGGAAUUGGAACAUGAGCAGGCACUGGCAAUCCUCAAGUUCAAACAGGAUGAGAUCAAACGGUUGCAGCGGGCUCAGUUAUUCGCCAAGAGAGAGCAUGAAGGGGUGGUGCACAUGCUGGAGGAGUUGAAGCAGUUUGUGUGGUGGAGAGAGCUGACCAAGGUACGCGACCUGGAGGAGAAAUGCCGCAGUCAGAGCGAGCAGUUUGGCAUGCUGUCCCACGAGCUGGACCAGUUCCGUGUGCAGACCUCCAAGGUGGACCUGGCCAGCACUAGCCUUCUCUCCAGCCCCAACCUCUCGGUUCUGACGAAUGGGGUGGGCCUGCCUAUGGAGCGAGACUGCAGUGGCACCUGUGACCUGGUGCUACUGAGUGACAUAGCCUUCUGGAGCCUAGAGGGAGGGGACUCUCUGCCCCCGUGCCCCGACGCGUGGGCUGGGGAGUCCCUGCUGGAUGUGGCGGCCCCCCUGCGCUCCCUGGGGCCCCUGCCCCACGCCACGGGGUUCAGCCGGGUGGAGCGCGCCCCCGCCACCAAGCACCGCGAGCUGCCCACCAUCAGCGUCAGCAAGUCAGGCUCCACCUCCAGCAGGUCCCCCGAGUCGGCCCACCUCAGCCCCCGCUCCGACGCCCACCUCAGCCCCCACAAGUCCAGCUCGGCGCACGAGGUGGACACGGCCAGCGAGGUGGAGGAGCUGGACGUGGACAUCGCCCCCGCCCCCUACAGCGCCAGCAGGGGAGCCGCCAAGCUGCAGGUCUUCAUUGGCCGAUACAGCUACAACCCCUACGACGGGCCCAACGACAACCCUGAGGUGGAGCUGCCCCUCACGGCCGGGGAGUACAUCUACGUGUACGGAGACAUGGACGACGACGGCUUCUACGAAGGCGAGCUGAUGGACGGGCGGCGGGGGCUGGUCCCCUCCAACUUCGUCGAGCGUGUGUCGGACGACGACGUCAUGGGCUCCCAGCAGCCCGAGACCACAGACCCCGGCUCCCACAACUCCCUGCUGGACGCCAGCCUCCACAGUGCCAGCCCCCAGCACCACCUCCCCCCCCACCAGCACCCCCUCGCCGCGGCGGGCCCCCGCGCCUCCGAGCGCACCGAGGCGGCGGCGGCGGCGCCCCCCGUCCCGGCGCCCAGGACCCUGUCCCCGGCCACGCCCGCCCCGUCGCCCGCCGCCGCCGCCGCCGCCGCCGCCUCCCCCCCGACCCCGCCCCCCCUCACCAACGGCCUGGACCUGGACCUGGACGAGGUGGGGCUGGACGUCGUGCCUUACCCCCGCCGGCUCACCCUCAUCAAGCAGCUGGCCAAGAGCAUCAUCAUCGGCUGGGACCCGCCGCUGGUGGCGGCGGGCUGGGGCGACGUGUGGAGCUACAACGUGUACGUGGACCAGGAGCUGCGGCUCAACGUGCCGUUCGGCGCCCAGACCAAGGCGGUGCUGGAGCGGCUGGACGUGCACCUCAAGGCGUACCGCGUGUCGGUGCAGAGCCUGACGGAGCGCGGGCCCUCGGACCGGCUGGCCUGCAGCCUGCUGGUGGGGCGGGACGUGUGCGUGGCGCCGACGCAGCUGCGCGUGGACCGCGUCACGGCCACCGCCGCCCACCUCUCCUGGCUGCCCAGCAACAGUAACUAUGUGCACAUCGUGUCCUUGAACGAGGAGGAGUGCGAGCUGGUGAAGGCCGGCUGCUACUCGCUGUGCCUCAGCAACCUCGCGCCCAGCCUGCAGUACUCUGUCAAGGUGGAGGCACGGCCGCACCGCACGCCCUGGGAGCUGCCCCUGGAGCGGCGCGAGCACCGCAGCGCGACCACCGCCUUCUCCACGCUCAUGGCCGGCCCUCCGGACGCCCCCCUGGACGUGCAGCUGGAGCAGGGUCCCUCCCCCGGGAUCGCCCUCAUCAGCUGGCUGCCCGUCACCAUCGACGCCGCCGGGACCUCCAACGGGGUCCGCGUCACCGGUUACACCAUAUAUGCCGACAAGAAGAAGGUGCUGGAGGUGUCGUCCCCCACCGCGGGCAGUGCCCUGCUGGGCCCGUCCCAGAUCCACAGCCUGCAGCUGGCCCAGGAGCUCACCGUGCGCACCACCUCCGCCCACGGCGAGUCCAGCGACUCCCUCGCCGCCCCCGUACCCGCCAAGCUGGCCGCCAUCAUGGCCGGGCCGCCGCCGCCCGCCGCGCCGGCCGCGCCCGCCCUCCCCGACGCCCCCUUCCCCUCCCAGCCCCCCACCGUCCCGUACGGGAACCCUGCUGCCAAAGUGUCGGCGCUGCCCCUCGACACGGCGCCGCUGGACGCCCUCGCCGCGGCACACCUCCUCGCCGCCGCCGCCGCACACCAUCACCCCCACCACCCCCACUACCACCACCCCCACCUCUACCUGCAGCAGCCCCACCACCCCCCCUACCAGCCGCCGCCGCCGCCGCCCCAACCGGAGGCCCUCUACUCGGGCGCCUCGUACGCGGACACCUGGGCCGGCCCGGGCCCCGCCCUGGCCCCCAGCGGGGCGGGUGUCUCGGGGGCCUACACCACCAGCCCACCCACGAUCAACGUGACCUCGCCCAGCGCUUUCGUCUCACACCCGUCGGCGUUACCGCCGACAACGCCGCCCGGUGUGCCCCCAACACCAGCGCCGCCGCCGCCGCCGCCGCCGGUCGCCGCCGCCCCCCCCGGCGGCGGUGGCGGCCGUCCGGUGGACCACCGCCGGGACGCCGACAGCCCCGGGACCAUCCGGCCCUUCCCCUCCAUCUCCGAGUUCCUGCAGGAGGAGCCCAGUGCCAAGCUCUGCACCCCGGAGCGCGUCCCCAGCCCCCCCAAGGCCCCGGCGGCUGACCUGCUCAACCCCUGGGCCGCUGCCCCCCCCCUGCGGCCCCGCAGCGCCUCCCCGCUGGAGUCGGAGGCGGAGUCGGAGGCGGAGAACACGCGGCUGGUGUCCAUGGAUGACUUCCUGUCCCAGGGCCAGGACCCCCAGUAUGCCCGGAGGGCCCAGGGCGACUACAUCGCAGACAACAGCCGCUCGGACCUGUCCGACAUCCUGGAGGAGGAGGAGGAGGACUACUACUCGGACCACCGCGCGGACCCCCACCGGGGCUACGCCGCCAGGCGCCACAAGUCGGACGAGCCCCCCGACAGCGACGACGAGCCCCCCGAGCGCAUCCUCACCCUCCCCCGCCAGGCCCGCCACAACCCGGACCUCUUCCUCAUCCCCGAGGAAGAGGGCGGGCGCUGCCCCCUCCACCGCCAGCCCCGCCCCCGGGCCACCUUCCCCCACCCCCGCGACGGAGCCCGGCCCUGCCCCGAGCACCUCCACCCCACAGCACCGCCACCCUGCGCCCAGAGAGCCUUCGUCCCCCGGCCACGGGGGCCGCUCCCGGGCCCAGCAGCAGCGGGCGCGCUACGCCGACCCGGCGGGCCCCGCCGGCUACCCCGACGACGACGGCGAAUCCAGCCUCUACGAGGGGCCCUGCAGCCACCGGGUGUCCGGCCCCGCGGCGCCCCCCCCCCCAGGCGGCCCCUCGGGCCCGGGAGCAGGCCGGCUCCACGAUCGGGGGGCUGGGGGACCGGCUCCGGAGGGAGGCCCUGCGCAGGAGCCAGAUGGCGGCGGCGGCGGCGGAGGCGGCGGAGGCGGCGAAGGGGGGGGCGGGGGUUAGGGGCGGGGCCCCCGGGGGCCUACAUGGUGAGCAAGACGGUGCGGACGCUGCGCUCGCCGGCGGGGGCCCGCGCGGAGAUCGACCUGGAGUACGGCUCGGAGGACGGCGAGGAGCCCGGGGAGUACGGCGGCGGGGAGGUGGUGGUGGACCAGAUGAGCUCCGAGUGGUGGGUGGAGCCCACGGGGGGGGAGUACGGGAGGCUGCUCCACGACGCCCGGGGCCCCAAGCAGGAGCCGCAGGCCCACCCCGCCGCGGGCCAGCCGCAACGGGAGGCCGAACGGGAUCCGUCCACUGAGGCCAGCCCAGCGCGGGAAGGCGCGACCUCGCAGGCCAGGCCGCCCAGAGGGGCGACGGAGCCCCAGCCCAGCGUCGGGGAGGGCGACGUCCGGAUCUUCGUGGCUCUGUUCCCCUACGACCCCACCUCCAUGUCCCCCAACACGGACGCCUCGGAGGACGAGCUGCCCUUCAGAGAGGGGCAGAUCAUCAAGGUGUACGGGGAGAAGGACGCGGACGGGUUCUACCGGGGGGAGUCGGCCGGUCGCCACGGCUACGUGCCGUGCAACAUGGUGUCGGAGCUGCAGGUGGAGGACGAGGAGACGCGGCAGCAGCUGCUGCAGCAGGGCUUCCUGACCACCCAGGCCUCCAUGGAGAAGAUAGGCUCUCGCUCACAUGCUCCGCCCCCACGCCGCCCUGCCCCGCCGCCCAAACCCAGGCGAUCCAGGAAAGUGGAGUCUGCUGCACUCUGGGAGGAGAGUGUAGACUCCUGCAGGAAGCCCAAAGGUCCCGCCGCCGCCGCUGUAGGCAACCCGGGCCCCGGAGCGCGGAGGAUGGUGGCCAUCUUCGACUACGACCCCAGAGAGAGCUCCCCCAACACGGACAUAGAGGCUGAGCUGACCUUCAGCGCCGGGGACACCAUCCACGUGUUCGGGGACAUGGACGACGACGGCUUCUUCUACGGGGACCUGAACGGACACAAAGGCCUGGUGCCCUCCAACUUCCUGCAGGCUCUGCCCGACGAGGACCCCCAGGCACCGCCCCCCCUGGCCCAGCCCGCCCCGGAACCCAAGAGAGACCCCCAGGAGGUGAGCCCGACCAGCGCCGCAGAGCAGCUGGACCCAGAGCCGCCGCCGCCGCCGCCGCCCCCACGAGGCCCGAGGCCCCGCGACGGAGCCUCCCUGCCCGAGCACACGGAACCUGAGGCCGUGGACCCCGCCUCCGACCCCGCCUCCGACCCCGCCUCCGACCCCGCCUCUGACCCGGGGUCCGACCCCGGCCUCGGCUCCCCUCCCCCGCCGGAGGCCCAGGCGGACUGCUCCCCCCCAGAGAAGAAGAAGAAGAGCUUCUUCGCCAAGGGGAGGAAGCUCUUCAAACGGCUGGGCUCAGGCAAGAAGGACUAACAGCAAGGGAGGGGGGGACAGGUCACAUGACCGCCACGGAGGGGGGGCAGGUCACAUGACCGCCCAUGGGGGGGGGGGGGGGGGGGGGGGGGGGGAGACAGGUCACAUGACCGCCACGGAGGGGGGGAAGGUCACAUGACCCGCUACGGUCAGGCCACAAAGAAAGCGCUUUUAUUUUGAAAGGACCUUUUUUCUUUCGCCUGGAUCCUCACUCCAGGAGGUCAGAGUUCUCUUUGUCGAUCCAACGCACUGCACUGACCCACAAACUCAGUAUUUUUGGGUUGUAGUUUUAUCUUCAGAUCUACUUUAGUGCACCUGCUGUGGCAGAUAGGAAACCAACAAGGACAAUAAUCCAGCCUGCAUGCAGAGGCGCGUGGGGAGGGAUCCAAAUAGAUACCAGCCAGUAGUCCCAUUAUUCUGAAUAUCUUAGAUACGACGUUGCUCUUCAAUUAAGCCCCUUAAAGACUUAAAAACUCAAGAAUCAUAUGCAUACUAAUAUUUAGUUCUCAUUACGAAAUCGAUCACAUAGCUCGCAUCCACUAGUCGUUCCCUGGACAUGCAUGUACGUACACGCAUACGAAAGUCUUUAACUCUAGGGCUUGGGCGAAUAAGUCAACUGUUCAUGACACCCUUCAGUCAAUAGAAGAUUGAAUAUAUCGGGACAGUAUAUUAUUACGGUAUUUUUAAUUAUUCUAAAUGACUAGUGUUGUGGGUAACAUAAGGUUAGCGUAGCUUCACUCACAUGUCAUUUCCUGAGAGGAAGUUGGCAGACAGCUCUGAUCGGGAGACUGAUUCUGCCAUUUAUUUUUUACUGUAUUAUUAUCUUUCAAUCGUAACUCAGUGACGCUAACUUUUGGUCUGCCGCCCGUCAGCAUGACAUUGAGUUUGUGGAUCUACAAGUGUGCGAGCAACCAGCAAGCUGUUAUCAUCACACGACAUGGCGUAACAUCAUGUCUAAAACGCGUAGAUUUGACAUUUGAACUAUUCAGACGCGUAGCAACAACAGCUAAUGUUUUAAUAAAAAUGUAAACAGAAAAUGUUAUUCUUAACAUUUACCAGAAUUUAGUAUUCAAUCAAACAGUACAAGUAACAAGACAGUAGAGACUUGUGAGUGCCAACCACGCAUAUACAUUCUCCUUUACGAGGCAUACAUACAAAUAUAUGUAUAAUUAUUUUGAAAGUAUAAAAAGUAUUCUGAGCCAUUUUCAAACAUUUGCUUAAACCUGGCUGUUGACUGGUAUGGGAUCAUUAUUCUCAUUGCGGUAUUAAGUCACACAGUUUAGCAUUGACUAGGGAGCCUGGUUUUCUGUCUCGACCCGUUUUGGCGUUAUGACAUUAUAGAUCAAACCACGGCAUGUAGAAGCUUUGACCUCCAAGUGACGCAAUCGUCCGUCCGUCCGACCAACGAUUAGUCACAUACGUGUAUAAUAGUUUCAGAUUUUAAGCAGCAAUGCAUGCUCUUAGUCUUAAUUUAGACCACGCUUUUUGAAGCUAAUGUGUCGGCUAAGGCUUAGCUUAGCUUUUCAGACGGGUCUUGAACUGUCUUAGCGUUGCUGCUUAUCCCAUGAGCCCCGGGCAACGUAAUAACACCCAGCGAUCGUCUUUGGUAGAAAAAGUGGUUUGUCCCGACACAGGGACGUGAAGUCAUUUUCUCAGGUUUGUGAUUUUAUUUCAACUAUUUUGUGGAUUCUGUGUGCGCCAGUCUGCAGGCCAUAGGGGUCGGAUCAGCGCGUCUCAGAACUACAGAGGAUGCCAAACUCCACGGUGCUGUUAGCCGGUUAGCGUAGCGUGCUAGCAUAGCAUAGCUGGUUAGCCUAGCAGAGACGAGACCCAGUGGCAUGCGCGGAACACGGCCCCGAUCGAGGACGGUGAGUCCGUAGUUUGUACAGUUGGACUCAAGUCGCAGUUUGGUAGAAGUAUAGGCCGCACCUGGUCACAAUUCAUUUAGCCCUUCACGUGUCAUGACUGUUGUUAGGUUUAAGUUCAGUAUGUACUGUAAGUCUGUGCUACAUAAAAGGGAGAAGAAUAAAGAGCAGAGAUGCCAAGGAAGAACACGAGGGUAUGGGGGGGGGGGUUAACACUGACACUUUAGACUUGGGCUAACAGUUACCGAUAAGAGAGCGAGAAUUGAGGUCUGUGUAUUUAUUUAAUAUUUAGUUAUUUAUCGGGUUUUAUGUUCAUGUGGUUGGUUAAGGGGAUGCCUCAAAGUUGCUGAAAUGUACAGGAACAAACAGUUGUACCACUAUUUUGUAUUGGACGGCCUUUAAUGCAAUUCAAGCACUCCCCCCCCCCCCCCCCCUCCCCUCCCUUUUCUCUUCCUCCUGCUUGCUAGCACAUAUGCUAACGCUAACAUAAGGCGGCUACACUGUUAAUGCUCAUCUAUAGCGGACUGUUUAGUUUCCACCCGCUGCCCCCCCCCCCCCCCCCUUACUCAGUCCCCUCCGUCCCCCCCGACUAAGGCCUAGAGGCAUAGGUAGCGUUUAGAAAGGGUCCACGAAUAAUACUAAUAUUUAGCCUUACGAGACCUUGUUUAGUCUUAACGCGUUGUUUACAGGAUGUUUAUUGGCUGCGUUGCAUGAUGAUGUUCUGCCCGUCUUCUGCCUUAUUUAUGUUAUUUAUGUCCGUGUUUGUCGCGUCGUCGUCGGGGUCCACUCUCACGUGUUCGGAGCGAGCGUUGAAGGAUCCGUAGGGCGCAGAAGGCCGUAGAUUUCGUGUCUGUACAUAAGGAACAGAGUUCGCUGUGUGGAUUUUUCGACUGUGGUAUAUUUUCAUACGAGAGAACUUUUUCUUUUUUUUCUUUUCUUUUCCUUUUUCCUGAUCUGCGUUCGUUCUUUCAAACCGAGGGAAGAGUUACCUUUUAUAUAUUCAUGUUUUUAUUACCCUUUUGGAAGCUCAUGUGUAAAUAUUUUUGUUAAUAUGUUUUUUUCAGACGUCUUUUUGCAUGUCAAGACAGUGUUGGUUGGAGACAGUAACUAAGGGGUUAAUGCACAGGACGGAAUUGGUGGGGAAUUCAAUAUGAGUCUUUUUACUGGAAUAAAGUAUGUAUAUUUUCACAGAAAAAGUGGUGCUCAUCUCAUUGAACUGAUAAACUGUUCCUUCGUAAUACUAAAAGUAGAGGAGAAUAUUUCCUAAAAUAGCUGCAGAAUCUCCUUUUAAGAUUCUCAUUUAACUAAGAAAAUGUUUCGUCACAACACUACCAUGAGGGUCAACGCAAACAGUCCAAACCAGCUGCAGAAUCUCAUUAACUAAAACAAUCGCCCUCCUUAACCCUACCCUGAAAGAGUAAAUAAAUGUCAGAAAUAGUUGCAGAAUCUCUUUGAAGAUUCUCAUUUAACUAAUAAGAUGUCCCUUCAUAAAUACCAAAAAAUAAAGUCAAGAAAAUGUCGAGAAUAGCUGCACAAUUAUAACGUUUUUAUUUUGUCUACAAAAUAGAAAUACAAAAAAAAACAAGACUUUCAAAAUCGAUCACCCCCCCCCCCCCCCCCCCCCAUACACAAAUAUACAUGCAUCAAACAUAUCCAAGCACAUACAAAACUACACAAACUCAUAUGAUGGCAAAACACUUUUAAUUACCCAACUUCAAGACAUUUGGGCAUUGGACCACAGACAUCAAGAAACCAAAAGGGGGGCGUGGCUCCCCAACGCACCAUCCGCCACCCAUGUGACCCGACAACGGUAACACAGCAGAGAGCAGAUGGCCACGUGUGAGAGAGACACUUCCUCUUUUUCUCUCUCUCUUUUUCGUCCUUCCUCAUUUGCGCCCCAGGGUGCCGCUCCAGCGUGCCGCCCUCGCCGCGCUCCGCUCUCGGUUCUCUGCCUCCCGUAGCCAACAGUACACUCAUCCAUAAAGUAGGAAACACUACACUGUGGGCGAGGAGUUUAGUAGUGCUUUCUACUUUAUGGAUGACUGCACUGUACAUCCAAUCGUCGUUCGCCGUCGCUUGUCCGGUUCCUCCUCCUCCUCCUUCUCCUCCUCUUCUUCACUCCUCCUCUGUCGGGGAGUACCUGCUGUGGGCUCACACUCCCUGCACGAGCGCCCUGGCACUCUGACCACUCAACCCCGAAUAAUAAAGAAGAAACACCGACAAACUGACGCCCUCAGUUUGGCUGCGGGUGUGAACACACUUCAGUGGAGCAGUACGACGAGAAGAGUGCCCAGUUCCUGAUUUGCCUUGAGGAUAUUUACAUAUUUGUUAACGUUUCCAGGGGCCAAUGCUAGAGUCAACACUAUUGGACAGUUGGAGUGUGAA